CCUCAGGGCCUGGGUGCUUGCUUUCCCAGCAUGCUCUGCCAAGGGUUCCAAGAUGGCGGCAGCAGCGUCCCGGAGCUGGCUGAGCUUUCGCAGCGGGCUUCGCCUGCAGCAGACCAAGGGAGGGGCAGGUGUGAGUGACCCGACACCUCGCUGCAGAUUUUAUUCUGGAAGUGCAGCCCUCCAAAAGGUUGAAAGAACUGAUAAAGCAGGGAUUGAAAAAGUAAUCAUUCCAAAAAAGAAAAUUUGGGAUAAAGUGGCUGUUCUUCAGGCUCUUGCAUCUACAGUAAACAGGGAUCCCACAGCUGCCCCUUAUGCAUUUCAAGAUGACCCUUACCUCUUACCAACAUCCACUCUGGAAUCUCGUUCAUUUUUAUUGGCAAAGAAGUCUGGGGAGACUGCAGCAAAGUUUAUUAUUAAUUCACAUCCCAAAUAUUUUCAGAAGGAUGUAGCUGAACCUCAUAUACCGUGUUUAAUGCCUGAGUGCUUUGAACCUCAGAUUGAAGAUAGAAGUGAAGCUGCCCUGAAGGAACGAAUCAGACUGAGAAAAGUCAAAGCUUCUGUGGACCUGUUUGAUCAACUCUUGCAAGCAGGAACCGCUGUCUCUCUUGAAACCACUAACAGUCUCUUGGAUUUAUUGUGUUACUAUGGUGACCAAGAACCCCCAACUGAUUAUUAUUUUCAACAAACUGAACAGUCAGAAGACUUGGAAGAGGCCACAGAGGAAAGUAACCAAACAUCCAAGACGAAGGCUGGUCUUUGGAAAGCACAAAACAAUGCUGAGAGAAUCUUUGCUCUAAUGCCAGAGAAGAAUGCUUAUUCCUACUGCACAAUGAUCCAAGGAAUGGUGAAGCACCGAGCUCAUGCGCAGGCAUUGAAAUUGUAUACCGAGUUAUUAAAUAACAGACUUCGUGCUGAUGUGUAUACCUUCAAUGCAUUGAUUGAAGCAAAAACAUUUGUACUAAAUGAGAAAUUUGAGGAAAAGUGGAAUAAUAUACUGGAUCUGCUGAAACAUAUGGUUGCACAGAAUGUUAAACCAAAUCUGCAGACUUUUAAUGCCAUGCUGAAAUUUCUCCGGAAAUUUUAUUCACUUGGAAGAUUGCCAGCCUUGCAGACUUUACGUGAAAUGAAAUCCAUUGGAAUAGAACCCUCACUUGCAACAUACCAUCAUAUUAUUCAGCUGUUUUAUCAAGGUAGCUAUGCAAAAAUGCCAUCCUUCAUCAUAUAUGAUAUAAUGAAUGAAUUGGCAGGAAAGAAGUUUACUCCCAAGGACCUGGAUGAUGAUAAGUUUUUUCAGUCAGCCAUGAAUGUGUGUUCCUCUCUCAGAGACCUAGAGCUUGCUUACCAAGUACAUAAUCUUCUAAACACGGGAGACAACCGGAAAUUCAUAGGACGUGAUUUUCGGCGUAAUUUCUAUUAUUCAAAGUUUUUCAAAUUGAUUUGUUUAAUGGAACAAAUUGAUGUUACCUUAAAGUGGUAUAAGGACCUAAUACCUUCAGUAUUCCUUCCCAACUCCCAAGUAUUGAUAGAUCUUCUCCAAGCCUUGGAUGUAGCCAAUCGAUUAGAACUGAUUCCUCAGAUUUGGAAAGAUAGUAAAGAAUACGGUCACGCUUUUCGUAAUGCUCUAAGAGAAGAAAUCUUGAUGCUCAUGGCCAGGGAUAAGCACCCACCACAGCUUCAGGUGGCUUUUGCCGACUGUGCUGCUGAUAUCAAAUCCACGUAUGAAACCCACGAUGCCAGGCAAACUGCUCCUGAUUGGUCAGCCAACUCUCUGAACUGUACAGCUGUCCUCUUCUUAAGAGGUGGCAGAACCCAGGAAGCCUGGCGAAUGUUGGAGCUUUUCAGAAAGCAUAAUAAGAUCCCUAGAAAUGAGUUACUAAAUGAGUUUAUGGACAUUGCAAAAGCAUCCAGUAGUCCCGCUCAGGCCAUUGUGGUUGUGAAGUUGGCAAGUGCCUUUAGCUUGUCCAACUAUGAGAGGCUUGCCCAAAGAGUAAGCACGGAUUUUGUAAUCGACCCAAAAGAAAAAGAAGCCUUGGGUAACCUGACUGCACUGAAUAAGGACAGCAAUGCUGACAGCGGCAGUGACAGUGACAUCGACAUCAAUUAGAGAAGAUAAGUGAGAGCUGGCUCACUGUAGCUGCUGGAGUAUUCGCCAGUGAUCAGAGGAAGUGCUGGGGGGUAAUGUGAGCUCAGCAGCAUGGCAGCAGCCUGGCACGUGAAGGCCCUGGAGUUCAUCCGAGCAACUGUACCUCAAGAGAUACAGAUCUGUCUGGUUCGUCGCUGUGCAGCAAAUUGAUACCGUACUGAUGUUAGAUUAAGCUCUCCACUCUAUCAGCGCACUACUAAAGGUUUAUGCAGCAGCACUGCAGUUUCUUUUCUUCAGAGGUCUGUGGCUCUUGGAGAACAAGCCCUACACACCGGCGGUGUUCGCAGGCCUACUUCCUUCCACUGAAACCCAUCUGUGUAGUGCUCACUGGCCCUUAUUGGCCUUAGAGACAAGACUAUAAAUGGUUUUCAUACAAUUAAAUCAUAAUUGCUGUUGGA